GUCCAUUUUGAAAAACGACGUAAAAGGAAAGUUGUCAAUAGCCAUUGCCAUCCAUAUUGAUAAUAUAUUUCCUAUGCCUGCCCGGUUAUAGAAGUUUGAUAUGGAACUCGAAAACAAAGUUCCCGUAUCAGACGACGAGGAAGAUUUGGAAGCUUUACGUUUAGCUGCUCUGCAGUCUCUUAAAAGAAAAGCUGCUGGAUCAAAUUGUUCACAACAAAUCAGCGAGCCUAAUACGUUUGCGCUGAACGAGUUUGGAUUUCGUGCUGGAAUUAGGUCUCAUAGGGGUUUCUCUAAUAAGCGGGGGAGGUAUUUUGGAGGCAGGGGUCUUAAAAAUGGUCAAUUUUUUAAUGCAAGGGUUAGAACCAGCAACCUAAUUUCCAUUACCCCUGUGAGUUCAGAAGAGGAUAAAGUCUCUGAAAAUGCUGAUGACACUAGCACAAAAUUGAUUCUUCCUCAGGAUAGAUACUGUAAUAAAAGUAAAUCUGAAGAAAAGCAAGAUGAAUCAUCAAGUAAAUUUGAUAGGUAUAAUGACUCGGAUGAAUCGGACGAAGAAUCAGAGGAAGAGCUUAGUUCGCAAUCUGAAGACCUUAGCCCAAGUAAAUUAGAGAGGUCAAAGAGUUUAGAGGCAUUAAUGAAAGAACUAGAUGAUGAAAUACAAGGUACAUUAAAAAGUGGUGAAAAAGAGGAUAAACCAAAAGUGAAAACAAAAAAUAAAAAAACGAAAGAAACUAUGAAAGAGGAUGUACAGAAUGAUGAAGCUGCAAAGAAAAAAACAGUGGAUACAGAAGUAAUUUCUGAAACAGAAAUCACUGAAGGAAAGAACGAAGUUGUUGAAUCCAAUGCAUUGAAUUCUGUGCCAAAUGAGAGUGGACCAAAGCCUAAAAGGAGAAGGUUGUCUCCAAUUGAAAAGAAAGAAUUUCAUUCUAGAAAUAUGCAAAGAAAUGUUCACAGUUACAGUAGACCACAAUAUUUGCCCAGUUUGCCUGUACCUUUUCCUUCUCUUGGUUCAAAUGUCCUUCCAAUAUUUAAUCCAAACUUGGCGCCUCCAAUAGUAAUGGUGCCACCAUCAAAUCCUCUAUUUUAUGAUAGACCUCUUUCACCAUUGUCAUUAAAUGCUGACACCUUACAAACACAAACGUUGGCUCCUUUGUCUCCAAGAAGUGCUGCUUUUGUAUUAGAAAACAGAGCCAUUAUUGAAAAGAGGAAAAGGUCCCCAAGGCGUUCAUAUUCCAGGAGCUUGUCGCCUAGAAGCAGAUCUAUGAGUCCGAGAUCACCUAGAAGGUCUCUAACGCCCAGAAGAAGAUCACGAUCACCCAAAAGAAGAACUUCACCUGCCAACCAGGCUCAGUUGCCUGCUCCCAGAGGGUUGAUUUCACCUAAGAGAAGACUUUUAUCUCCAAAGAGGAGGUCAUUGACUCCAAAAAGAAAAUCUCCAUCUCCACGAAGAAGGUCACUGUCACCCAGGCGAAGAUCCACAUCCCCAAAAAGAGGGAGUAGAAGAGAACUUAGAACGUCACCCAAACUUAAGCCACACAUUAAAGAACGUUUGGGUUUAAAAUCCCAACAAAAACCCGAAACAAAAGUAGACAAAGAAAAAAACUCUUCAAAUUCAUCUCCUAAAAAAGAGGAAAAACCAUUGGACCCUGUUCUGGAGGCCAGAAAACGUAAAUUUGAGUCGAAGGAACUCAGGGUAAAAGAAGGAGUUAUCAAGUUAAAACCCAAAGAGGAGACAAAGGUUGAACCACCUCUUGAAAAGGAAGAAACUAAAUUAUGUAAUGUUACUGAGAAUAAUCCCAAAGAUGAAGAAAAUGCUGAUGUCAAAGAAGAAAAGCUGGAUGACUUAGAAGAGUUUAAUGAGGAUUCACUUUUGGAAGAUUAUGAAUUAGAUUUAGAAGCUAAAGUACAUCUGUUUUCCGAUGAAGAGGAGUCAGGAAGUGAAAAUGAAGGAAGAUUUAAGGAGAAGGAACACAACAACAUCAAACCGCCCAUACUACCAUUCUCCAAGUUGCUUAAUGGAGUACAAAAGGAUGUACAGAAACCCUCACCAAAGUCAGAAAAACCUAAAAAAGAAAGUGUGAAAGAGAGUAAGGAAACUUCAACAUCUAAGAAGGAAAAUGAACCAAAGAAGAUGGGAAGCUCCAAACCAGUAUCAAAAAGAACCAGGAGCUCACCAUCACAGAAAAGUCAGAUUGUGUUGAAGUCAGAUAGGUACCCUCCAAAGAAAUUUGAUAGGAAGAUUGAGAUCAAAAUAAAAAACCCUUCAAAAUAUGAGAAAGGUGCAAAAUCUAAGCAGACCAAAGAAACGGACAUAAAGGUCAAGGAAAAAUCAUCAACCAAGUUAAUCACAAAAGAUGAUGAGUAUGAAAGUAUUGAAAGAGAGCCUGAAAAAGAUGUAGAGGUAGAAGAAGUAGCCAGCUGCAGUGAAGUUGACUUGAGAGCUCAGCUGAGUAAGAAAAGGGCGGAGAAAAUGAAUAAGGUAGUCGCUCCAGAGCAGGUGCCCAGCAGGCUAUUACAGAAUGCCUUGCAGAAUGCCCUUCAGAAAACGAGCAGAUCAAAAGGUCAAGAAUUUUCGAGUUCUGAUGGAAAGCUGCCUAUACAUCUGCGUUUGGGUCUUGCCGGCCACACCGACGUAUUUUCGAAGCCCAAACGCAAGUCGAGAAAGAGGAAGAGUCGCGAGGUCCCGGAGCAGGUGUAAUGAAACAGAGGAGUGCUCGAAAAAAUAGUCCAACCAAUAUCGGAGUAAAUACAGCAGGAAAUGUGCGAAAUAAAAAAUAAUAGACUUUUUCAAAGUGAUUUUCGUAUUAAUAGGUUCCAUUUGUACCAUAUAAA